AUCUAAUUGUCGUAAUAAAAUCCUUCUAUUAUACUAUGUUAAUCAUGUUAUAUUUUGAAAAGCCUUCCCGGAAAUGUUUUUCUAUGUCACCAUUGUACACUUUGAUGCGAGACGCCCCCGCUGCUUUUCCCCACUGUCCAGUGUGGAUUUACAUACCCUGAUUUCCGUGGGACUGGGAAACGAAAGAGGAGGGUGGCGAGUCUUUCAGGAACUGGAGGAACACACACAAACAGCACAGCACCACAACUCUCAACUUCUAGACCUUUUAUAGCUCCUCGACUGCGACUUUUCCGACUUCAGAGUCAACUGUGUACGACUUUUAUUCACCGCUUUUCUUUGCCUCACGCAACUGUUGUCUCCGGUAUAUUUUUCCCGUCUGGAAGCGAACUGGAUACUUGGAGAAGUCGGAAAACAGUUUGAGUGUUGAACCCGGUGUGAAGGGCUGUGGCCAUGGCCGGGGGUGGUGCUGGUGCUGGUGGGGUUUCUCCGUUGGGGCCCGCGCCGCCGAUGUGGUAUCACCGGGACCUGAGUCGAGCUGCGGCCGAGGAACUGCUCGCACGGGCCGGGAGAGACGGAAGCUUCUUGGUGCGAGAUAGUGAGAGUGUCAACGGGGCUUACGCUUUGUGCGUACUAUUUCAGAAGCACGUCCACACGUACCGAAUCCUACCCGAUGAUGAAGGAUUUCUGGCCGUACAGACAUCCCAGGGUGUGCAGCCUAAACGGUUUAAAACAUUGCCAGAGUUGGUGUCGUUGUACCUGCAGCCCAGUCAGGGACUGGUCACCACCCUGCUCUUCGCCGUGGACAGAGAGGAAACAGCUGUCAGCGAUGACAGAGACUAUUCAGACGGCGAGGACGAAAAACCACCGCUUCCUCCCCGCUCUGCCUCAACCUCUACUCCACCAGGACCAGAAACACCCACCGACAGCGCUCCAGCAGCCAACGGCCUCAGCACCAUCUCCCAUGAGUACUUGAAGGGCAGCUACGCUCUGGACCUAGAGGCGGUUAAACAGGGAGCCUGCUCUCUGCCUCACCUCAACAAGACACUCGUGGCCUCCUGCAAACGCCUUAACGGGGAGGUGGAUAAAGUUCUCUCAGGUCUGGAGAUCCUGUCCAAAGUCUUUGAUCAACAGAGUGCCUUUAUGGUCUCCAAGAUGAUCCAGCAGUCUGUGAAUCAGGGUGGAGACCAGGAGUUGGAGAACCUUGUGACCAAAUUGGCGAUUCUUAAGGACCUGCUGUCCUCCAUAGAGAAAAAGGCUCUGAAAGCUCUGCAAGACAUGAGUCUGUCCUCGCCCUGCGCCCUCCCUCCUCUCUCCAUGCGUCACAGCAAGGCAAUACCCGUACAAGCCUUUGAGGUAAAGCUGGACGUUUACCUGACAGAACUGACAAAGAUAGGAAAAAGUCAGAAGUACACACUGUCUGUGGAUGUGGAGGGAGGACGACUGGUGAUGAUGAAGAAGGUGAAGGACAGUCAGGAGGACUGGACCACCUUCACACAUGACAAAAUCCGUCAGCUGAUCAAGUCUCAGCGGGUGCAGAAUAAACUUGGUAUUGUGUUUGAAAAGGAGAAGGACAAAAGUCAGAGGAAAGACUUUAUCUUUGCCAGUGCUAAGAAGAGGGAGGCUUUUUGCCAGCUGCUUCAGCUGAUGAAGAAUAAACAUUCCAACCAGGAUGAGCCAGACAUGAUUUCUGUCUUUAUAGGCACCUGGAAUAUGGGUUCGGUGCCUUCUCCGAAGUCUGUGGCCUCUUGGGUUUUGUGUCGCGGCCUGGGGAAGACUCUGGAUGAGAUGACCGUCACCAUCCCCCACGAUCUUUACGUGUUUGGAACACAGGAGAACUCAGUGUGCGACCGCGAGUGGGUGGAGUCGCUCCGUGCCAUGUUAAAAGAGCAGACAGAACUGGAUUAUAAGCCGAUUGCAGUGCAGACUCUAUGGAACAUCAAGAUCGCUGUUUUAGUAAAACCUGAGCACGAGAAUCGAAUCAGCCACGUGGUGAUGUCCAGUGUCAAGACGGGCAUCGCAAACACACUGGGUAACAAAGGAGCUGUAGGUGUGUCCUUCAUGUUUAAUGGGACAUCGUUCGGUUUUGUGAAUUGUCACUUGACGUCAGGGAAUGAAAAAAUUGGCAGGAGAAACCAGAACUACCUUGAUAUCCUGCGGCUGCUCUCUCUGGGAGACAAACAGCUGAGUUCUUUUGAUAUCUCACUACGCUUCACACAUCUUUUCUGGCUGGGAGACCUCAACUACAGGCUUGAUAUGGACAUACAGGAGAUCUUAAACUACAUCAACAGGAAGGAGUUUGAGCCUCUGUUGAAAGUGGAUCAGCUCAAUCUGGAGAGGGAGAAAAACAAAGUCUUUUUACGAUUUGUGGAGGAGGAAAUCUCUUUCCCCCCCACCUACCGAUAUGAACGUGGUUCUAGGGACACGUAUGUGUGGCAAAAGCAGAAGGCGACCGGAAUGAGGACCAAUGUUCCCUCCUGGUGUGACAGGAUCCUGUGGAAGUCUUACCCGGAAACACACAUAGUGUGUAACUCCUAUGGCUGUACAGAUGACAUCGUGACCAGUGAUCACUCCCCUGUGUUUGCUACGUAUGAGGUGGGAGUGACCUCACAAUUUGUCUCCAAGAAAGGUCUGCCAAAAUCAUCGGAGCAGGCCUACAUUGAGUUUGAGAGCAUCGAGGCCAUAGUGAAGACCGCGAGCAGAACCAAGUUCUUUAUUGAAUUCUACUCCACGUGUUUAGAAGAGUUUAAGAAGAGCUACGAGAACGAUACUCAAAGCAGCGAUAACAUCAACUUCCUGCGUGUGGGCUGGUCCAACAAACAGCUGACCACGCUCAAGCCUCUCCUGUCAGAGAUCGAGUAUCUUCAGGACCAACACUUGCUGCUAACUGUGAAGUCUGUGGAUGGAUACGAGUCCUACGGAGAGUGCGUGUUGGCUCUGAAGUCUAUGAUUGGCAGCACAGCACAGCAGUUUCACACCUAUCUAUCGCACCGUGGCGAGGAGACGGGAAAUAUCAGGGGGUCCAUGAGGGUCAGAGUGCCCUCAGAAAGGAUGGGAACAAGGGAGAGACUUUACGAGUGGAUCAGUGUGGACAAAGACGAGACAGGUGGACCUAAAGGGAAAUCCAGUGUGGUAUCCAGGGUGGGACAUGAAUAUGUCAAACCAUCUGCGGUUCGUAAACAGCUGGGAGAGCUGGGUAAGGUCAGUGAGGAAGGAGAAAGGAGCAGCAAGGAGGAAACUGCUGCGAGACCUAAACAGGACUCGACUGACGGCGAUUCAUCCAUCAGCAAGAACAGCUACAACAACCCGGCCUACUACAUCUUGGAGGGUGUUCCUAACCAGUCAGCAGCCGCUCUCUCGCCUGAACUUCUACCAUCACCUACCUCCACAAACCCCCAGGCGGCCAAAGCUGCUCUUCCCUCAGCUGGGGCCCGAACCAAACCCCCCUGUGCAGCCUCGGGGCCCUCCCACCCUCGCAGACACAUCUCAGGACAUCCGGUUCAUGCUAUCAGCGAGGAAGGCUCCUCAGAAGACGAUGGAGGCCCCUGUGUGCCAGGGGCACAGGCUGGAGGCAUCGAAAGAACAGUGGGGAGCAGCUUAAAUCGACCCCCUCCUGACUUCCCUCCUCCCCCUCUCCCUAAAGGAGCACUGGAGAUGGGUACUGAGCCCCCAUUCCCAAAGCCACGUCCUCUGUACCCAGACCUGGCUGAGGUCAGGAUCCCAUCGGUUACCCCUGGUCCUCCUCCUGGACUUGGGGAGGGAUUCAAGAGAGGCGGAGGAGGCGGAGGAGGAGGAGGAGGAGCAUUUAAGGAUCAGUCAUGUUCUGUGCUGCAGAUGGCAAAGACACUGAGUGAGAGCGAGUUCUCUGGUCAGCCCCCACGCGCUCCAUCAGCACCACCGCCUCUAAGGGUGCAGCCCAUGGGUCUAGGUCUGGACGCCUGCCGCACUUUCCCACCCAGGAAUCCAAUCCCCGAGAGUAUAGCGGAGGACAUGCCUGAGGAGGCACUCUGGGCCAGCAGCAGUUCGUCCUUGUCUGUUGGUGAAUCGUCAGUGGGAGAGUGGCUGCAGAGACUGGGACUAGAGCGCUACGAGCAGGGGCUUCUGCACAACGGCUGGGACGACCUGGAAUUCCUCAGUGACAUCACAGAGGAGGACCUGGAGGAGGCGGGGGUGCGCGAUCCUGCACACAAACAAAUCCUGCUGGAGAGCCUCAGACAGCAGCAGCAGCAGACAUGAACUGUGACCUGUCCAAGUCAGCCUGGCACCACACCAGGUCUUGAGAGGCCAAAACUCUCUAUAGCUGAACUGAACUGAACUGAACCGAAACUAGACUGUGCCAAUUCAUGCCAGACUGUGCCUUCUGAGAGAAUUUGCACUUCCUUUCUGAUUUCAGUGGAGAGGGAGGGAGGGGCGGGGGGGGGGACACUUGUUGAAACCAGCGCCUUCUUUCACCUGUACUGUAUAUUUGUCAUUGUCAUAGAGGUGGACUUUAUUUUCACGUUAACCAUUUCAGCCCUUAGAGCACAGCUACCAAACCUUCCACUCAUGUCUAGGUGUAGAAUGAGGUCGCACGAUGAUGAUGAUGCAACUGCAGACAGAACUGAGGAAUGUGAUUGAAAACGUUUUGUUGCUCAUUCUUGCAGAGAUGAACAGCACAGAGAAUGACAGCAGACUUCAAAAAUCCCGAAGUUUAGACAGUUGGCAGUGUUUUUCCACACAAAAGAAAUCGACAGAAAACUGGACACUUUCUCUAUCAGAGUAUCACAUUCUGACAGGAGUUGUUCAGGAGCUGUAGUGAUUACCAUUAAUCUGUUUGGAGCGCCAUUUGUUUACUCCGUUUCUUUAUUUAAGAUUCAUUGAAAAGGGAUUACAAUGUAAAACAGCCAAACUCAUUAAGGUUUGGAUUCUCACCCAAUCAAAACCCAGUGUUUCUGUUUUUCAUUUUCUGAUCGCUGUCUAAAUAAGUUACAGUAUUAAAUUAAAUUAAACAAAUUUAUUCGGUUAGAGGAAUCCUCUGCAACCUUCAACAAUAUGAGCUACAUUUUUUUUUUUUUUUUACUUUUACCUGGAUAAUCAAAUUCAUUCAGUGGUGCAUAACUGUUUUAAACAUUUAAAUGAAGAGGAUGUUGUAGUGUAAAGAGUUUGAAAUACUUCAGUCAAAUUACAGAAUCAUUUAGAGGUAAACAAACAACGACACAGCGCGAAAAGCAAAGGUCAGAAUUUAAUGUCAGAAGGGUCAAAGGGAUCCAAAUUUUGUUGUUUUUUUUUUUUAUAUAUCAAAAAUUAUGGUGUAACAAUAUUUCCGCAGCCUGUAUGACAGUACUGGCUAUCUACUAGCCAUAUAUAUGUCAAAGUGAAAGUGAAAAUGAAAGUGAUUUAUAGUUAUUGUGACACAGAACACCACUGCACACAAAAUGUGACCUCUGCCCUCUAAGCCAUCACACCUUAAUAUUCAUAUAGAGCCACACGUUGCAGACCCAUUGGGGGGGGAUAUGUUGUAAUUUAAACUCUUUAACGUUCACUAGUCCUGGUGGUUACAUUCACAAGUGAUUUUUCUGAUAAAUGAGUCUAGAUUUAGUUUUUAGGAUUUCUUAAGCCAUGGUGUCAUUAUUGUCUGUGAAAACGUGUUUUUUUUGUUUGUUGUUGUUUGUUUGUUUGUUUUUUGUUAAUUUACCCUUUUCUACAGAUUGUAUUUGGCUGUUGUUGUUGUUUUAAGUGUUUAGUUGUUUAUUCGUAGUGUUCACACAGAAUGCGGGGUCACUUUUCAACGUACAUUCAAACACAUUUACUUUGCGGGCAGGUGGUAUGAGGGCUCAUGAGGGUUCCCUGACUGUCCAGCAGGUGGUGCUGCUAAACCUCCUUAGUGAAAGCUAACUGGAAACUGGGGGGAAAAAAAUGUAAAACUACCCAGUACUUUUUGAUGUGACUUUAUGUUGCCGUACGUGAACUGUUAGCGUUUGUAAGUUGAAUCCUGCCUUCACUGCUGUCUCUUAUGCUGACACGACAUUUACUUGGUUCAAUUUAAUAAAACUGACAACUAUGUAAACUGUUGCUGAACUAGACACUUUGGGAGAGGAGACGGAGACGGAGGACGUCAUUGCAGCAGCAACAGUUAUUGAAAAGUGUGUUUUCAGGCACACACGCACUGUUGCGGGUUUUCUAAUAUUUUGUAAUAGUGACAAUAACCAGACUGUGGAUCUGCUGUUAAAUCUGAUGGAUUUUUUUGUACGUCUUUUUGGCCAUUCAGUGUUUUCUGUGAGUGUGUGUGUGUGUGUGUCUGUGCAUUAGUUUGUUUGUGGGCAAAGGGGUGUAUAAAAUGUUGGCUUUUGUUUCUUCUCACACUCCAUUAUGUUAUCUUUACCGUCAUGUAUUCUCCUAUUUUUGUGUGUUAACUUAAUGCAAGUUUUUGAGAAAAAAAACAAAAAGUCUUUUUUUUUUUUCAAUUAAAAUUUAAUAACUUUC